UAUCGUCACUAUCGACCGCUGAAAGAGGGAGGGAGAAAGAGAAGGGACGGCUGGACUCCAUUAAGCCGAAGCCUGCAGGAAAACUGUUUGGGGAUACUUCACUUCUUCAGCGAGUUCUUCGGGGAUUUCUUUCUGUUUUUAUUACUUAAAGAAGACUUUAUACAUGAUUUAAAGAAGGGGGACUUGUUUUGUACCGUGUAGUCGACUCUUUUAGUGUUUUUUUCCCCCUCUUUGUGAAGGAUGGCGCUGGAUGGGAUCCGGAUGCCCGAUGGCUGCUAUGCCGAUGGGACGUGGGAACUGAAGAUGCAUGUCACCGACCUCCACAGGGAUGUGUCGCUGAGGGUCACUGGGGAAAUCCACAUCGGUGGAGUCAUGCUCAAGCUUGUGGAGAAACUAGAUGUGAAGAAGGACUGGUCAGACCAUGCUUUGUGGUGGGAGAAGAAGAAGACAUGGCUGCUGAAAACCCACUGGACAUUGGACAAAUACGGCAUCCAAGCCGACGCCAGGCUGCUUUUCACGCCGCAGCACAAGCUGCUGCGCCUCCAACUGCCCAACAUGAAGCACAUGAAGGUCAAGGUCAACUUCUCGGACCGUGUCUUCAAGGCUGUGUCCGACAUCUGCAAAACUUUCAACAUCCGCCACCCAGAGGAGCUGUCUCUGCUGCGUAAGCCCCGUGAUCCCAAGAAGAAGAAGAAAAAGUUGGAGGAGGCGGAGGAGGACGAUCUGGAGCUGGAGGGUCCACUGUUAACCCCUGGAUCAGCCUCUGAGAUAAUAUACAUCGGACCUGUCAAAGGGAGCAUCUACUCCAGUCCAGGCUUGUACAGUAAGACUAUGACCCCCACCUAUGACUCCAGAGAUGGCAGCCCACUGUCACCCACCUCUGCCUGGUUUGGUGACAGCCCUCUCUCUGAGGGCAAUCCCAGCAUCCUCGCCGUCAGCCAGCCAAUCUCCUCACCAGAAAUCCUGGUCAAACUCUACAAGCCCCAGUCCCUUCUGGAUAAAGCCAAAAUCAACCAGGGGUGGUUGGACUCAUCCAGGUCUUUGAUGGAGCAAGAUGUAAAGGAGAAUGAGGUGCUGCUGCUGAGGUUCAAAUACCACAGUUUCUUUGACCUGAACCCUAAGUAUGAUGCCAUUCGAGUGAACCAGCUCUAUGAACAGGCCAAGUGGGCCAUCCUGCUGGAGGAAAUUGAGUGCACGGAGGAGGAAAUGAUGAUGUUUGCUGCCCUACAGUACCACAUCAACAAGCUGUCAAUCAUGUCUUCAGACAACCACAUGAAUAACAGUGAAAAGGAGGUGGAUGAGGUGGAUGCAGCCCUGUCUGACCUGGAGAUUACUUUGGAGGGAGGGAAGACGUCCAACACACUGGGUGACAUCACAUCUAUUCCUGAGCUAGCAGACUAUGUCAAAGUCUUCAAACCCAAGAAACUGACACUGAAGGGCUACAAGCAGUACUGGUGCACAUUCAAAGAUAUCACAAUUUCCUGUUACAAGAGUAAAGAGGAGGCACAGGGGACACCUGCUCACCAAAUGAAUCUUAGAGGUUGUGAGGUAACUCCAGAUGUUAACAUCUCGGGCCAGAAAUUCAACAUCAAGUUGCUAAUCCCUGUGGCUGAUGGCAUGAAUGAGAUCUGGCUUCGGUGUGACACGGAGAAACAGUACGCCCACUGGAUGGCUGCGUGUCGCUUGGCCUCCAAAGGCAAGACCAUGGCCGACAGCUCUUACAACCUGGAGGUACAGAACAUUCUGUCCUUCCUCAAGAUGCAGCACAUGAACCCUGACCCUCAGUUCAUUGAGCCAAUCACCACCGAUAUCAACCCAGAAUGCCUGGUGUCCCCGCGCUAUCUGAAGAAGUACAAGAACAAGCAGCCAGGCUAUAUAAGGGACUUGAUAUCGGCCCGGAUCCUUGAAGCCCACCAGAAUGUGGCCCAGAUGAGUCUCAUCGAAGCCAAGAUGCGCUUCAUCCAGGCAUGGCAGUCCCUGCCUGAGUUUGGAAUCACCCAUUUCCUUGCAAAGUUCCAGGGUGGAAAGCGGGAAGAGCUGAUCGGCAUCACUUACAACCGUUUGAUCCGGAUGGAUGCCAGCACUGGAGAUGCUAUCAAGACCUGGCGCUUCAGCAAUAUGAAGCAGUGGAACGUCAACUGGGAGAUCAAGAUGGUGACGGUGGAGUUCGCAGACGAGCCCAGCCUCUCUUUCAUCUGCGCAGAGGUGGACUGCAAGGUGGUCCACGAGUUCAUCGGUGGCUACAUCUUCCUGUCCACACGUGCCAAGGACCAGAACGAGUCUCUAGAUGAGGAGAUGUUCUACAAGCUGACCAGCGGCUGGGUCUGAGCUGCCCCAAACCACCGGGGUUCAGCCUAUUGUAGGUUAGGGGCCAGGAGGGGAGUAGCUGGGUGUGGGGUGGCCUGUGGGGCCACAGUGUAUGGGGUUUGUUUUAAUUCUUCUACUUCUCAGUUUUUAAUUGUUUGGAGCUGUGCUGAAGAGUCCAGAACAGCACCACUAUUGCCAUGGCUGACACAGUUUUUAUUCUUGUAGUUUUUUUUUUUUCCAUUUCUUUCCUUUUCAUUAACGCUGACAAGGUUGUUUGUUACAACACUAAUAUUGUGGUGAAUGCAAUCCAGAUGAACUUUUGAUCCCCUGUCGUUGCUCAGAAGCCUUCCACAAAGCCUCUCUGUUUCCCUCCGACGACCACCUGCCUCCUCUCCUCCUGGACUGAUGGCCAUCAACUUUCGUCCAUGACAACCCUUUAAAACCAAUCAAACACUAGAUUUAAUCCCAAAGAAUCUUUUUUUCUCUCUCUCUCUCUUUCUGUCUCCGUCUCUUUUUCCUCAUCUCUUCUAUAACCGGACUGAAGCUGACAAUAAACUUAUCAUUAGAACAUAUUGUUAUUGUGGUGCCACAGAUACCUGCAGUUAUAUCGAAUUAUUUAUCCUAAAAGAGUCCAAUCAGGUGGGGUAUCUGAUAACAGCAGUGGCCACUGAUUGCAGCACUACGUGUCCAUCCUAUCUCUAUGAAGGGUUUAACCUCUUUGAUGUCAAAUGUAAGCACUUCUACAGUAUACAGUCCCAUCUUUGAAUAAGCUGUUGUUAAAUUUCCAUUUGAUUUUGCUGUCUGUUGUCUUUGUUUCAGGGCUUGUCCAGAGUGUUUGAGUCUUUCUCUGUUGAAAUCUCAUUGUAUUAGCUGAAGGGUGUGACAUUGCAGAGCCUGAGUUUUGUUUUGUAUUUAAUAGACUGCUAAUAGCGAGCGUGUCUGCAAACACACUACAGUUCAUUGCACUGGGAUGAGUGUCCUCUGGGAUAGAAAAUCAAUUCCAGGUGAUGUCCUCUCUUCAAAAAUGUUCAUCUUAAAUAUUCAUUAAUUCUUCUUCAGUCUAGAUCAGGUUUCUUUUUAAAAAAAUAAAAUAAAAUAAAAUAAAAUAAAAGUUGUGUUGUAAAUGCAGCUACAUGACUUUCUUAGCUGUCUGUUAUCUUGAAGUUGAAGCACUGCCCUUUGAUUGAAAGGUGUUUUCAUCUUCUGCCCUGGAAGUGCAUUAUUGAAAACCUCUGUGCCAAAGUGCACUUAAUAAUUUGCCAGGCACUCUCUGUUUAUGGCUGCUGUUCUGAUCAGUUUUAAGUUACUGAAACUCAACAGCAUGUUUGAAACUGCAUCCGGAGAUUUGAAAUCCCUGACAUCUCAUAUCUAAGUGCAUGUACACUACAUAACAGGAGGGCUCAUUACUCCCUUAUUCCACCUUUCACUUUAUCGCCAUUCUGUUUCUCACACCAUAUAGUAUUAUCAUUAUUAUUAUUAUUAUUAUUAUUGCUAUUAAUAUUAUUAUAAUUUCUAUCUUUACACACCAGCAAAAGGUCACACAGUUUGAAGAAUGAAUAUGCAAUGUUUUUUUUUUCUUCUGUCCUCAGUAUGAAGGAUCAGUCAAUGAAGUGUUAUUUUUUUUGUAACUAAUGUAAAAACACAAACGUUUUAUAGAAUUGUACAGUUUUUUUUCUGCUUUUUGGGUAAGGGGGGGGGAGCCAUCUGUCAACAUGUGUAGUAUUCAGAAUUGUGCCUGCUUAUGUUGUGGUCUUACUGAGUUUUCAGAUGAAGAUAUAUAUGGAUAUAUAUAAGAAGAUAACACUAGUCUCAAACUCCAGGUUUGAUUAAAGUAUUUGUCGAGUACAUAUUAUAAUUUUCUUAAAAAAGUAGAUGCAUAUGGCUUCUCAAUGUGAUUUUUUUUUCCCCCUUCCAUUUCUGCUUCAUUUUAUUGAUUUUUCUUCUUUUUCUUCUACCACCUGCGGAUCACGCUGUCCAUUCGUGGCCCUGAGUUGUGUUUUUAGCUCAUUCUUUAAAUUCACAGUGAAGCUUAACGUGCUGCGAAUUUGAUUUGUUCAGCACCUUUUUUUUUUUUUUUUUUUUUUUUAAUACUUCAAUUAUUUGUCUGGUUCUGUCACAGCUGAAGUGUGCCAUGUAAUGAUGUCCGUAUGAAGGAGACCCACAUUGUUUAGACCCUGGAGUUUGAGACAAAUCAGCAAAAGUGAACAGAGCUAAGAGAAAACCAAGCCUAGUCUGUUUCUAUUUUCUCUGAUGUUGUUUUUGUUUGCCUCCAGCGUCAGGAGCAGCGGUGCAUGUCCUGCUGCUCUGUUUUCUGACUGUAAAAAAAUGCAUUUAUUUUAAAAAAAAUAAAGUAAUUUUUAUUUAAAAA